ACUUACAUGUCACACCGACUGUCCUUCAGAAAAAUCAGAAGAAACGAGAAACUUAAGCUUACCGUUAUCCUUAUUAAAUAGUGUUAUAAGGUUCUUUCUUGCUGGACUUUUUUAUACGUUUACUGUUGAAUGAAAAAACCCUAUAAGGCAAUGGCUAAGAAACAUGUCAAGGAAAUCAUUGAAAAUCAUCCAAAAGUGUACUCUUUUUAUUAUUUUAACUCUAUUCCUAUCUUAGAUUGCUAGUGCUAUUUUUAACCAAGUGUGUGAAGAAGUUACAAUGAGAAUUUUUAUGGACUUGAGGUGAACAUAACCAUUAAACCAACAUAAAUAAGAACCCCUCUGACACAAUGGCUUCUAUGAAGAGAUCUUGGAAAUUCCAAGAUUUUAUGGCCCACAAUGCAAACGUCAACUGUCUAGCCCUUGGUCACAAGUCAGGCCGAGUUCUAGUGACAGGAGGAGAUGAUAAGAAAGUCAAUCUGUGGGCAGUUGGUAAGCAGAGCUGUUUUAUGAGUUUAAGCGGCCACACGACGGCAGUGGAUUGUGUUCAGUUUAAUCAAUUAGAAGAACUUGUGUGUGCAGGAUCAAGGGCGGGAGCUCUUAAAGUGUGGGAUUUGGAAGCUGCUAAACUUGUAAGGACAUUGAAUGGCCAUAAAUACGCAAUAAAAUGCAUAGAUUUCCAUCCAUACGGAGACUUUUUGGUUUCUGGAAGUGCCGAUAGCAGUAUUAAAAUGUGGGAUACAAGAAAGAAAGGUGUUCUAUUUACUUAUAAUGGACAUAAGGGUACUGUCAAUAGCGUAAAAUUUAGUCCUGAUGGCCAAUGGAUAGCCACCGGAGGAGAAGACUCCAUUCUUAAAAUCUGGGACCUUCGAGUUAGCCGAGUCCUCAAAGAAUUUAAAGACCACAUGAACCCCGUAACCUGUGUCGAAUUCCAUCCACACGAAUUUCUCUUAGCCAGUGGCAGCAUCGAUAGAUCUGUAAAUUAUUUCGAUUUAGAAAACUUCAACUUAGUGUCAACGGAGAGUGAUGUUGGAGCGGUCAGAUGUUUAACUUUCAACCCCGAUGGAGAAUGCCUUUUUGCCGGUACGAGAGAUUAUUUGAAGAUCGUUGGAUGGGAGCCUAAUAGAUUGUACGAUUCCGUGCCUGUCUACUGGGGUAGAGUUACUGAUGUUUCGGUGGCAUCGAAUCAGUUGAUUGGUGCCUCCUUCCAUCUCACCAAUGUCCAGGUAUACGUAGUAGAUCUUAAGAAAUGCAAACCUUUCAGUUCUUCAUCGGUGUUAGAUUCACAAACUGGACCUUUUACGCCGAACCAAAACAUUAGGAAAAGUUUUUCAAAAGCUGAAAGACCACCAAGUUUGAAAUCGAGAAUGUUAGAUGUGAAAACAAUAGAAGAAAGCACGUCUGGAACUGACCCAGAAGAAGAAUCAACCGCUGAUAUUACGAAUGUGAAGGACUAUAACGAAAUAUUUAGAGGUAGAUCAAUACAAAGGACGCCGCCACCCGAACCAGAACCAUUUCAAGAACCGGAAAAAGAUGAUAUUUUAGAACCUCAAAUCUUAGGAAGCAUUAUUACGGAGAGUUUUGAAGCUCUCUCUUUAGAUAAUGAUUUAAAUAAUUACAAGAAUUCUAAUAUACAAUUAAAUACGAAUCAUUAUUCCAGGUCUAAAUCAAAUCUAGAUCAGGUUUAUGAAAAUAGACAGCAAAGAGAUAAUAGGGAAAAUAUAUUACCUAAUAUAAAUAGGUCAAAACCUGCAGCUAAAUUCGGAUUACAUAGGCAGAGUAGUUGUAAAGAUGUUCCCGAGAAACCUCCGAAGCCUACGAGUAAUAUUAAACACAGCGUUUCAGAAGCAAAUAUUAACAAAGGUUCCCUUUCGUCGAGGGCGUCCUCUAGAAAAAAUUCUUUUUCAAAACCUAGUCGUAAUUCUACAAGUGUUCCUAACGUUUCGAAGGUGCCUAAUUCCAACAGUGCCAGGAGUUCUGUAGUCAAAUCCAAUACCCUUCCUCAAGUAGACAUAUAUGUAAACUCAGCAAGAGUUAGUCCAGAGGAACCCACUGGAGGAGACGACAACGUGUUUGUCCCAGUUUCAAUUGACCGACCUGUGGGAUUGGAUAUGGAUGACUUUUUACCAAAGAACUACACCUCUCCAGGUUUUCAACAACAACUUCCAGACAUGUCAGAAGCUGAAGUACUGGGCGUGAUCAUGCGUGGACAUGAUCCCAUUAUGGAUAUUUUAAACACUCGGAAAAGAAGUUUAAGAUUAGUACUUACUCAAUACAGAAGUAAGGACAUGAAAACUGCUGUAGAAUCUGCGGUAGCUAUGGGAGAUGUUGCAGUUUUAGUAGAUCUCUUAGGUGUUAUCAAUACAAAAUACUCUUUGUGGAAUCUCGAUCUGUGUGUUUUGGUAUUACCGAAAAUUUUAGAAUUAUUGCAAAGCAAGUAUGAAGCGUAUUUAACAGUUGGCUGUAACACGCUAAAAUUCAUUCUUCGCCACUUCGGAGAUACGAUACGAAACAACGUCCAUUCGCCAGUUGGAAGCUUCGGUGUUGACAUCAGUCGAGAGGAACGAUACCAGAAGUCAGUGAGAUGUCAUGAGUUUUUUACUGAAAUUCGAUCUUUUGUUGUCAAAAAACAGACAUUGCCAGGUAUAGGAACGUCUUUCAAAGAAAUCCAUAAGAUGAUCCAGACUGUUUUCGACUGACAAAGACGACCGCCGAAAAAUGCAUUAGUCAAAUUCAAAAAUACGAGUUUAUGAAAGUGAAUCUUUAUUUUCGAAGAAUGGUUCAGAAAGUGGCUCAUAUUUUCUUUUGUCGGAAUGUGAAUGGGCUGUAAUAAAUAAAGAACACAAUGUUAGUUCUUAAUGUCACACUUAUUACACACGAGAGUCUCAUAAUUAACUGAACAUUAAACAACUAAUAACUAUUAUGAAAGUCUUACAGUCUAAGUUGCUGUAACUGUAACAACUUUUUAGCGGUUUCAUACUGAGAGUACUGAUAUCUUGUUCGAAAAUAAUGGGAGUUUGAGAAGUGUCUCAUGUCAUUUGUUUCCAAUUUAUAUUAUUAUUCGUUUUUAUCAUUUAAUUUGAAUUUCCUACAUGGAAUAUGGAGCUGUAUUUUGUUUACUACUUUCCUAAGGUACUAUCGAGCCAGAAAGUUUGAAACAAAAUCCAGUAUAAGAUUUUCUAUGUAAUAAGUUACUUGCCAAUCGCCAUAUAUGAAUUGCUUUAAUUCUGUUUUCAGUUUGCGUUAUGUUUUGUGUUUUAGACUUGUGUUCAAUUGCUCUCAUUAAAGUAAUUUUUUAUUAACACAUUUGAAGACAUAAAUGGAUAAAGGUCAUAUGUCACAAAAUAAUGUUUUUGAGUAAUGAGCAUUUUAGUGUCUUUUGUUCCAAGUUCAUUAUUUGUUUUAUAAAUUUGCAUUGCUAUACUUUUUUAAACAGGUAGCGAAGGUACUUUUUUACGCUUUAAAUUAAAUUUAAAAAAAUUACCUAAAGCCAAAUAUGUCAAAUAUUGUGGACAUAUUACAUUUAUCCAAAUAGUAAGUAGUAGAAAAUUCUCCAUAUUUACACAUUUGACGUGGAUAAAGGUAUGAUGACCAAACGCAGUUUUGGACAUAAUACCUUUAUCCACCACAAUUCGGAAAUCAUUGUGUGACAUAUUGCUCUAAUACCUUCCUGUUUUUUAUUUUGCUAAAAAUAGGUAAUUUUAAAAUGUUAAAUUAAACAGCGCGAGCGUUUAAAUUAAACAACAUUUAAGUUAAACAGCGUAUUACAAGAACAAAAAGCUAAUAAAACAAUUUUCUCAAAAAAUGUGACAUAUUAUGACCUUUAUCCACUUAUCUCUUCAUUUAUCAGUUAACAGAGAAGGCUGUAUCUGAUUUCAAUAACACUUUUUAUUACUCCUAUUAUAGAUAUAUAUCUGUAUAUCAAAAUUUUACAUCUUUAUUUACAAUAUGAGUUCUCUCAUCGAUGGCCUAAACAUUAAAAUAUGAGCUACUCUCAUAUUUACACGUUACAAGUUGUGUGACCUCGAUAUUAUCGGAUAUUGAUAUUGUAUAAAGAAUAACAGGGUUGCCUAUAUAUCUUAACGUAUACUUGAAAAUCUAACUUAGUUUUGUAUACUGGCCGAAACUUACAGUAUUUUGAUAACAGUUAGUAGCCACUCUUGACCGAAAUUAGUGAGAAAUAUUAGAGACCAAAAGUUUUUUGUAGGUUACAUGUGCAAUUGGGCACUGUAGACAUAUCUUUUAAAAUGUUAAUGCACCUACUCAGAACUGUAGAGUUAUCAUAUUUAUAGAAAACCAAAUUAUGAAUUUUUAUCUUCAAAACCCAUAGUAUUCAAUAAUGUUUCAAAUAUAUGUAAGCAUAAAUAAUGUGUUUUUAGUGGGUCUCAUUUUUUUUAAUAAGUAUGUGAUUUAGGUAUUAAAUUCUUCUUGUCAUGUAUAGUUGUUAAUGAUGUGGAUAUUUAUUUACAGGUAUCCUUAUUGCCGUUUGCAACUCUGACCGUAUGUACCUUAUUUUUAAAAGACUCUUAAAUCCUAAUAGACCAAGAGGCAGCGCUGAAAAAUCUCUUUGAAUUUACUAAAGCUAGAUUUUUCACAGUUGAUUACUGUGAGUGUGUAGCGAAACACACUGCGGUCGGUCAAGCGAAACGU